AUGAUCCCACUCAAUACCACUCUAUUUCACCCCUAAUCUUUCCUCCUUCUUGGCAUUCCUGGGCUGGAACAUGUACAUAUCUGGAUUGGCUUCCCUUUCUGUGCCUUGUACCUGACAGCUGUCCUUGGAAAUAUCUGCAUACUUUUUGCAAUUCAGACUGAGACUAGCCUUCAUCAACCCAUGUUCUACAUCCUGGCCAUUCUGUCAUCUAUCGAUCUGGGACUAUCCACAUCCACCAUCCCCAAGAUGCUUAGCAUCUUCUGGCUGAAUUUAAGAGAAAUUUCUUUUGAGGGAUGCCUCAUUCAGAUGUUCUUCAUCCACCUAGGCACUGGCAUGGAGUCAGCUGUGCUUGUGGCCAUGGCCUUUGAUCGUUAUGUGGCCAUCUGUAACCCUCUUCGCUACACACUGCUGCUGACAAACAAGGUGGUAUCAAUUAUAGCAUUGAUUAUCCUCUUGAGACCUUCAGCCAUUGCAAUUCCUUUUGUUCUGCUCAUACUAAGAUUGCCCUUCUGUGGACACAAAAUUAUUCUUCAUACUUAUUGUGAGCACAUGGGCAUUGCUCACCUGUCCUGUAGCAGUAUCAAGGUCAACAUCCUCUAUGGCUUAUGUGCCAUUUCUAUCCUGGUUUUUGAUAUCAUAGCCAUUGUCAUCUCCUAUGUCCAAAUCCUUCGUGCAGUCUUUUGACUCCCUUCUCAAGAUGCUCGGCUGAAAGCGCUUAGCACCUGCGGCUCUCAUGUGUGUGUCAUGUUGGCUUUCUACACACCUGCAUUUUUUUCAUUCAUGACCCAUAGGUUUGGCCAUAAUAUACCACAUUACAUUCAUAUCCUUCUUGCUAAUUUCUAUGUGGUCAUUCCACCUGCUCUCAAUCCUGUAAUUUACAGUGUCAGAACUAAACAAAUUAUAGUACAAGUGGUAAAAAAUAUUUUCUAA